CUUAAUGCAUAAAAGGCUUUAGUAAUAUUGCCGACAUCCAAAUGAUAAAUAUACACCAACAUGUAUCUAAAUUUUCAGCUCUUACAUCUGGUACAGUUCUGAUUUACGAUAGCAUUCUUUGUGCUGGGAGUAGGGGUUUUCUUUGAGGCUAUCGUCCAUCAGCAGCAUGAACUUGAACUGUUCCCGGGAGUGUGGUACGAGUGGCGGAUCUGGAGGAUCAUCUACUACCCCUACUACCAGUACUACGGAGAAGUAUUCGAUGAUGACUUUGGCAUAAAGAUAAGCAACGAUGAUGUCGAUUGGAGUGUUAAAGCUGUAGCAGCAAUACACAUGAUGGUGGGCAACCUCCUUAUAGUAAAUCUGAUCAUCGCUCUUUUUACGACAAAGUUUGAAAACGUUCAUGAGAAAUCUGCCCUUAUAUGGCAAUAUGAGCGGUAUCACGUGAUUCAGGACUUCAGACACCGGAUGUUUGCAAACCUUCACUUCUUUAUUCUGCCGUGUCGCCUAGUCAUGCGAGCAAAGUCUGCCAAAUACAGUGAUAAGAUCAGAAAGGAAUUAAAGCGUAUUCGUGAACGUCAGAUUCUCCAGUACAUUAUGGCGGGGAGAUCCCUGGGCAAGUGACGGGAAUAAUAACGAACCCUAUAAUAAACCAGAGUGUGAUCACAUAUGGCGAUAAAAGUAUUCACAUUAUUCCUAAGAUGCUCCAAACAUUUGUUUAGAUAGAAAA